UCAUCAUCGUCAUCAUCAUCGUCAUCAUCAUCGUCAUCAUCAUCGUCAUCAUCAUCGUCAUCAUCAUCGUCAUCAUCAUCGUCAUCAUCAUCGUCAUCAUCAUCGUCAUCAUCAUCGUCAUCAUCAUCGUCAUCAUCAUCGUCAUCAUCAUCGUCAUCAUCAUCGUGUCACUCAGUCUUGAAGAAAUCGGCAAAACAUAAGUCUGCAAUAUCGGAGGACAGAAAACCACACCAGGUUUUGACAGAAAAUUUGACCCAGAUGUCCAUGCCGAAGUUAAUUCAGAGGAUCCACUGUAAAAAGUCAUUAGAUGAGCAAAAAGUGCGGCAGAUUAAGAUUGAAUAAACAGGAUCAACUCCUACAAAAAAACCGUAA